UAUUUCACUUCAUACCAUGAUGAUAAUAAAUCAAAAGGAACAUUAGAUCAUCAGACCUUUAAGAUGGUUGUGUUUUCACAAUCUCAAGAGAUCAACAAGUCAUUGUUUGAUGAAACAAGAGCUCUAUGCUAUGGAUUGUAAUAACUGUGGCAUUGUUAGGAGAUGGAAAGGUCAUUGGACCCAGAGGCAGAUGAAGAGGAUGGAAGCAUUGGCAAUUGUAUUAGCUUUUGUCGCUGCUUUCUCUGUUUUCACCAUUGCCAUGAUGCAGGUCAGAAAACCAGGCCUUGGCCACCUGUCAGGAAACUGUCGUUUUUUAACAAUUUUCAGCUUCGGCGAUUCUAAUUCUGACACUGGCUCCAUGUCGGCAGCGUUCCCCCGGGUCCCAUCUCCAUACGGGCAGACCUUCUUCGGUAAACCUUCUGGUCGAUAUUCUGACGGGCGCCUUAUCAUUGAUUUUAUAGCUGAGAAGUUGGGAGUGCCAUACUUGAGUCCAUACCUGGAUUCAAUCGGAUCGAAUUUCAAACAUGGAGCGAAUUUUGCAGCAGCUGGAUCAACCAUAAAGCCAGGGUCUCUUCUCCAUCUCACCAUACAGCUUGCUCAGUUUGAUCAAUUCAAAGCGCGCACAAUCGAGCUAUACAACCAAGGUUUGAGUUCAUAUGCCAAAACCAGCCUCCCAACACCUGAGGAUUUGUCAAAAGCUGUUUAUAUAUUUGAUACUGGACAGAAUGAUCUUUUUGCCGGGUUAACAAACACGACAGAGGAUCAAGUUCUGACAUCCAUUCCUGGUUUAAUCGAUGAAUUCUCUUUAGGCAUGGAGAUCCUCUACAGACAAGGAGCAAAAUAUUUUUGGAUACACAACACAGGCCCAAUAGGUUGCAUGCCCACCUUUAUUGUGAAUUAUAAACUUUAUAAACUAAAGCCUAGCAAUGCUGACCAAAAUGGUUGUUUCAAGUCUCAUAAUGAGGUGGCUCAAGAGUUUAACAAACAACUUAAGGACAAGGUGUCCCAACUACGGACCAAAUUUGAAGAUGCAUUACUGGUCUAUGUUGAUAUCUACUCUGCCAAAUAUUCUCUCAUCAGUGAAGCUAAAGACUAUGGCUUUGUUAAUCCUUUUAAGUAUUGCUGUGGACAUCAUGGGGAUUACAGUGUUAAAUGUGGGGAAAUAGCAGUGGUGAAUGGGACUCCAUUGUAUGGAUCUGCUUGCAGUAAUCCCUCUGAAUACAUCAGCUGGGAUAGCGUUCAUUACACUGAAGCUGCAAACCAGUGGGUAGCCAACCACAUUCUUGAUGGUUCUUUCUCUGAUCCUCAGAUUCCAAUCGCCCAAACAUGUCCUAAUAACUCUGUUCAUUCACAGUAAUUAGCUCAAUCAUCUAAGUCAA